AUGGGUAGGCAAUUCAACAACGUGCCCGAGGACUCAUGGCUCGGGUUCCUUAACUUCGACAAUACGACAAAUGCUGGUGCGACCUGCUGCUCCCUACCCACGACCGUGGAGUCCAACCAAGGACAAGGACAGGCACUGCGGGGUCAGGUCGGCGACGAGUGA